AUGUGCCUGGUUGGGCCUGUUGUUACUGAAAACGAAUUCUUGUCCGACCCUUGCAGUGUGAGCCAUGAGUGUAUUGCCGCCAAGUAUACUCAAGAGAGGGGAAAUCCACACGUGUUUAAGGAGCUUCAAAAAGUGAGACGAGAUCCUGCGUAUGCAGAAAAAAAGCCCGUCAGAGUUUUCCUGGACAUGGUAGCGGCUCCCCUAGAAGCAGACGAUGAAGACAUGGAAGACUCUAUUAGGGCUGCGAUCCGUCGUUCUGGGUAUAAGGCUCGGAGGCAAGAUAUAUAA